AUGACUGAUUUAUUUGACUUGAACCUGAUUUCCAAUCAAGCAACAUCAAAAUCUCGACGCACCUAUUCCCAGAGAAAUGUUUCAUCACUUCAGCUCGAAUUAACAAAAAAUCGGAAGAUGAUCAACAUGAAAACAGCGAAGACAACGAUACUCAAUCGAACACUUAGCUUCAAACCAAUGUCAGAAACCAGUCCAUCAUUAGCGAAUGUUGAAAAUACGCCCAUGAAAAAAUCUUCAAGCAAAUUCGAAACACCGACUACAAAACAAGAAGUUAUCGAAGAAACGCCAGUGAAAGAUGAUGACGUUGAAGCUGAAAACAUGUCAUCGGAUAAGAUGAUGCGUGAUAUUCAACGACUUUCUGUUCGUCUUCGUUCAACGAUUCCACUAUGCGACAUUCCUGUGACAAUUAGUCACCCAAUCAAACCCGCUACUCUUCAUCUUUCUCAAGUGGCGAAUCGCGUAUCACGUUGUAAUUAUGUUUUGCGACAUUUUGUUCGAGAAGCACAAAAGUACUCACCCAAACUUACUGAAAUACAAGUCACAAACGAACCUGCUCUUCUCUCACAAUCCCACGAAAAAGGACGACGUCGUCUCUUCAUUGAUUCUCCACAACAGAGUGAUAGCAAUUCGAUUUCCGAAAAUCAACCACCCACAACACCGCGAAAAGCCAGUGGUGUUAUUAAACAAUUGUUUGCAUCACCUUCGGCAUCAUUCAAACGAACAACAUCAUCAUCAUCAUCGAACACAAAUAUUAACGUUCAUGAUAAACGGCAAAAGCUUUUCUAA